AUGUUUAUACUUAACCUUUUCCUUUAUAUUAUUCCAAUUCUUCUAGCAGUAGCUUUUCUAACGCUUCUUGAACGAAAAGUACUAGGCUAUAUACAAUUCCGAAAAGGCCCAAACAUCGUAGGACCCUAUGGACUUUUACAACCAUUUGCAGAUGCAGUGAAACUAUUCACUAAAGAGCCCCUUCGCCCUUUAACUUCCUCAAUUUCAAUAUUUAUUAUUGCACCUAUCCUAGCCUUGUCAAUUGCCCUAACAAUCUGAACACCACUACCCAUACCUAAUACACUUCUAGAUCUUAAUCUAGGUCUCAUCUUUGUUCUUUCCCUGUCAGGCUUGUCUGUCUACUCAAUUUUAUGAUCAGGCUGAGCAUCCAAUUCAAAAUAUGCCCUAAUCGGAGCUCUACGAGCAGUAGCACAAACAAUCUCAUACGAAGUUUCCUUAGCUAUUAUUCUUCUCUCAAUUAUACUUAUUAAUGGUUCAUUUACCCUAAAAACGCUUUCUAUCACUCAAGAAAACGGAUGACUUAUCUUUACAACAUGACCUUUAGCUAUGAUAUGAUAUAUUUCAACACUAGCAGAGACUAAUCGAGCACCUUUUGAUUUAACAGAAGGGGAAUCCGAACUAGUAUCAGGCUUUAAUGUAGAAUAUGCCGCUGGCCCUUUUGCUAUAUUUUUUCUAGCUGAAUACGCAAACAUUAUUGCUAUAAAUGCUAUUACAACCAUCCUGUUUCUAGGACCCUGUCUAACUCCCAACCUUACCCAUAUUAAUACUAUCUCCUUCAUACUAAAAACACUCCUCCUUACCAUAGCCUUCCUAUGAGUUCGAGCCUCAUACCCCCGCUUUCGUUAUGACCAACUCAUACACCUUUUAUGAAAAAACUUUUUACCUAUAACAUUAGCCUUAUGCUUAUGAUUUAUCUCCCUCCCCAUCGCUUUAUCGUGCAUCCCUCCACAAAUAUAA